AUAACAGCACUCGUUGAACAGCACGUUGACCGUCAUUGGCAUUUGGCUAGCAUUUGGCUUCUUCAUUUAAGGUUGACAUUAAUUAAUGGAGUUCCAAAUCAACAACCAUUAAACCAAACCUCCAUUCAGUUAUUAUGAGUUGAGCACACACAUGUGUAUACACAUACAUAUAUUCAUGGCAUUCUGCUGUGACGUCGGUUUAAAUGGCCUUACGAAAAUAAUUAUUCUCACAUUGAUUACAAAAUUCAAUAUACAUAGGACGCAGUAUAUCUGAAUAACCGACGUAAAUUUGAAUUAAAUAUGAAUCACAUUUGCAGUAUAUUUUUAAUUUUCAAUGCAAAAUGAUUACGAGCCACAGCAUCGAAAUUAGUUCUGACAAUAUUCAUGCAGAUGAGUUGGAACGACCUGAAAAAAUCAUUAUGGACACUAACAUUAAUAACGCAUGUGAGCUUGCUUGCUCCAUGUGCAAUGACACAUUUCAAACUAAAGAAGAAUUCAUAAACCAUUCGAGAGCUCUUAGCAUCCAGUUGCCGAUAAAUGGUUUAGUGCAUGAUGAGACAAUGAGGAAGGAAAACUACUCAGAAGUUGAACAAAAACAAAGUGACAGCUCAAGUCCAUAUCUAGUCAGGCCAUUCAAAUGUUGUCUCUGCAAAUUGAUGUUCGACAGAAUGUCACAGCUGGACAGGCAUAGACGAAGUGUACAUCACCAAGAAAGAUCACAGAUCUGUCAGAUCUGUGGCAAAGGAUUUUAUAGUCAAACAGAUUUGAAAACUCAUCUGAACAUUCACUUGGGAACAAAUAGAUGCAUAUGCGAAGUCUGCGGAAGAAAAUUUAAUCACGUAUCUAAUUUAACGAGGCAUAGCCGAAUACAUUCAGGGGCAAAGCCGUACCCGUGUUCCAUCUGUGGAAAGAGGUUUACACAGAUCAAUACACUGGUUAGGCACAAAGCUAUUCAUAACCGAGGAUAUCAGAGUAUUGACUGUUGUUUCUGUGACAAACAAUACAGAACUGAGAGUCGUCUCAAGGAGCACAUGAAAAAAUUGCAUGGAGUUGUAGAAGAGGCCACUGAAGAUCACAGAAAAAUAAUGAAAAGGCAGCACCAUUGCAAAAUUUGCGGUGAAAGUUUUCAGUUUGUGGAAUUGUUGAGAGAUCAUGAAAAAAACCACCAAAAUUUUAAAACCUUGGACUGCAGAAGCUGUAAUCAGAAGUUCCACAAAACGGAUGAAAUCAAAGAACAUAGGUGUGGAAACCAAAAGCUACGUAAUGCUGGUGAUGUAACAUCUAAAAAAAUAAUUUCUGAUGAAAACCCCGCAGCUGUAAUAGUCCAAUCGAAGAGUGAAGUGCACACGAAUAAAGGAAAUGAAAGUGUUCUCAAACAACUUAAAGGCAUAAAUGAAGAUACCUAUGAGACAUAUUGUAGAAAAAUGCAUACAUUGACGGAGCUACUGAAUUUAAACGAUCUGAAACAUCUACAAAACAAUGAAUUCGAGCAGAGAUUAUGCCAGAACACAGACAUCAGUCCUGAAAAGAAACAUGUAGAUAAUCAGCAGACUAAAGAGACUGUUGUUUAUGUUACCUCUGAACAUCUCUCAAAUAUGAACACAAAACAAGUCGUCGAUACAGCAAAUCAUUUUUUACAGGAACACUUGAUGGAACUCGCCUCAGAAAAUUCAACACAAGCUGAAAAUAUGAACUCUCGAUACUGUGAUGACGGAACUGCCGUGUCUGAUAUGAUAAACAGUUGUUGGAAAGAAAUUGAAAUUUCUGAUGAAAGCAAGCCCGAAGUUCCUUAUAAACACCCUGUGUCUUCUGAGAUCAGCAACCAGAAUAUUUUAUACGUUCAAUCGUUACAUAAAGAUGGCCUUAUAUUGUUAAAUGAAAGUGGUAGAUUAUGUGGUAACGUCUCCCUCGAUGUUACUCUACAAAAAUGCCAUGACUUGAACAACGACUCAAAUGAAAGUUUAAAUUUAAUCCCACGAACAGAGCACUCGCACACACAAAAAAUGAAAUUUUGUGAAAAACAAUGUGUCAAACGGCCCUCCGAUUUAACAAGAAAUGAAAAUUCAACCGUGAAAGUACCAGGAGCUAAAGAAUUGAAUCAAAGACAAACGCGAGAGUUAAAAUCCCAACAUUCUAUUGACAAUGUAGAACCCACUGAACAAUUUGACAAUGAUCGCUUGCAAAUUGAGAGUACAAGUCCUUUGUCAUCCGAAAAUAUUGAAGAAUUAUUAAAAAGUAGUACAGAUAAUAUUAACACAAUUGUUAGUAGACAAUUCGAUAAUCAGGAACCAUCGUUGAGAUUGGUACAAACAGAAAAUGGAGAGCAAUUUUAUGAACUACUAAUCUCAAAUUAUUCAGAAAAAUCUGAAAACUCCCUUCAGCCUGACAGAAAAUCAGCUGUAACUGUGAACGAAAAUAUAAAAAUCGCACAAAAUGAUCCACUAGGUGAAUCGUUACUGAAAUUAGUACAAUUAGAAAAUGGUCAAAGAGUUUUGGGAAUAUCAAGAAGCACUAUGUCAGAUAAACCUGAUAUUGCAAACAUACCUGAGAAUCUUGCUGAAAUGCAAGACAUUGAAAAGGUUGCCUUGGACACAAAACCUAUUAACGGAAAUUCCGAGACAUUGUCAGAAACCAAUAAUGAUAAGUAUAGAGCAAAGAGUUUGUCACAGAAUAAAAGCGAAAAAUUUUUAUACUUGACCCAGAGUGAUAAAGAUAAUUUGAUUGAUUUCUUUGAAAUAGAAACCUUUGAGACACAAGAACAAGUUAAUUUCAAUCUGGUAUCAGAUGUAGUAGGACAGAAUAUGUCACAAACAAGUUUCGAUAAUCCACAGAUAUUAAAUAGAUUCAAAAGUAUGGAAAAUUAUGAGUCGCCAAUAGAUAACGAUAGUUGCGAAGACUUUUUCAGACUAAUUCAGAGCAGUCCUUCCAAGUCCAAUGACAAAAAUAAAAGCGAAUCUAAACAAACUAAAAGAGAAGAAGGUCCCAUGGUUAGACUCGUACAAAAUGAAGAUGGAGCACAAUUUUUCGAGCUUAUUCGAGGUGAUAUGGAAUUUGCUGAACCGCAAGAGUUAGAAGUAGUUGAAGCCAACAAAACGGACUCACUUACAAGUUGUACUAAAAUGCCUGAGAAUUCACGUCUAGAAUCUAGCCCAACGGUCCAUGAUAUAAAUGACAAAACUAAAAGAGAAUGGGACCCACCUCACAAAAAAAAACAUAAAAAUAAUUCCAAAAAAUAUAGCUGCGAUGUAUGCCAAAAAUUAUUCUCUAAAGGUUACAACUACAAACAACACGUUGGAACACAUUUUGCCAAUAGACAAAAAUUUAAAUGCAAAGAAUGCGGGAAACUAUUUGCCUGGAAGUCUACUUUCAAUAAACAUAUGGCCAGUCAUCGAGCUGGUGGACAACAGAAAUUUGUGUGCGAGAUUUGCCCAAAAGUCUAUACAACUUGGUCUCAAGUAAACGAACAUGUGAAACGGGAUCAUUUGAAAGAGCGUAACCACAAAUGCAUAGUCUGUCCAAAAACCUUUUUCAAGAAAUGGGACCUGAAUAUACAUCUUCGUACACAUACUAAAGAACGGCCAUAUGAGUGUCGCGUUUGUCAUAAAAGCUUUCAUCAUCAGAGUCAUGUCAUUCGACACGAGCGCAUUCAUUCGGGAGAAAGGCCUUAUGCAUGUAAUAUUUGUGAUAAGACAUUCACCCAACCAGGAUCAUUGAAAACCCAUAGACAGCGGCAUCAGGAAUUGAAAAUAGACAUCCUGGAUUAUCAGAUGGAUGAAGAUGAUCCUCUACCGCAGCCAAGAUUUUAGAUCAAGCUAAAAACGAAUCCUCAUAUGAAGGGAGAAAUUGAACCAAAAAUAGAUUAAUAUAGGUAUAUUGGCUGGCGGGUUCUGAGACCGAAUUUAUUUUCCGAACUUCCCUCUAGACUGUAUCACCCAGAAAUUCUCAACCAUGUGGAUAAAACUGUACAUGCAUAGAUCUGAAGUAAAGACGUACAUUGUUUCGACAAAAAGUUUGUAUUAAAGCCCUGAGUACAGUAUCUAACAAGUA